GAUCUGCAGACCUGGCCCCAAACGACCAGAUGCAAAUCCCAUCUCAAGAAGCUUUCGUAGCUAUUGAAGAGGGACAGAGAUACAUGAUCGGUUUCAAGAUCAACAAGAGGAAGCCUGAGAAGCUGGACUUUCUCAUCAUCGUCAAGGUGGACGGUCAAGUGAUCUGUCGUGUACCUGUAAAGAAUGGGUCGCACCUAGUCCGACUGGUCGACAGAAUCUACACGCUCGGUGUUGAUGGUAGAAUAAAGGCGAAUGCCUUGAGGGUGAACGACAUGGUGCGGGUUGAAUGGAUUGAACGUUUCUGCGGUAACUGAAUGGAGCAUAGGAGGAAGACUACGCUGCGAUGAGGGACUAUCCGCACGUCGGGGAGAUCGAGCUCGAAGUGUAUAGGGGGAAAGUUCACAAGACUGUGGCGGAGACCAGUCUCGUUUCGGAAUUCAAGACCCCCUCGGUCCUGCCACAUACGAAGACAGAGAGAGUUCAACUAUGUACCCAUCUCGGAGAAGAAUUGGACGGUGAUGUCGAUCCGCGGACUGCUGCUUUCAAUGUGGGCUUUCAGCAUCUCGCUGGAGAUGAGGGGUCUCCAUGGUUCACACACGUGUACAAGUACCGCCUACUCUAUGACCUGACUCGAGAUGACAACGUGCUGGCCGAUCCCACCGGUGGUCUGGUGGUCACAAUCCCUCAUCCCGGCAAGCGUGGACGUACAGCUGCAUCGAGAACCAAGGGAAAUCAUGCAACGACAGAUGCCAACGCACGCAACGAUCAGCGAUUCAGGCUAUUGGAGAAUAGGAUCAUAGCUUUAGAACAAGAAUCAGCGGUACAUAGAACCGCCAUCUCCGAUCUUCGAAGAGCUGCCGACAAUGUCGGUAAUGACGGUCAGACUUCGAGCCCUUUGACUGAAGAGAGAGAUCAACAUCUGGAUGACUGGAACAUCCUCAGCGAAUUAGCCUCUGCUGAAUGGCUCUCGACUUUGCGAGUGCGUCCUCGGCAUGGACAAUGAAGCAUGCCAACACCCAUACGGUCAGGCGUUGCUUCCUGCGUAUUCUGAGUAUUCAGGUGAAACGUUUGAGCAAUUCCGCAUCCGGCAGUGUAGCGAUGCAUAGGUCGUCCAGAU